AUGAUCCCAUCAUUUGCUUAGUCUCUGCUUAUGAAGGUUGUUUAAGUAAUUUUAUUGUCAUUUUAAAGCAUUUUAUCUUUACAGAUGAUACAUGAUUUUUGUGGUGGCCUAGAGGAAGAAUUGAUGCGAACCAAUUUUAUUUUGGUGUAUGAGCUAAUAGAUGAGAUAAUUGUAAUACUUAGAGAGUUAACUUAUGAUAUAUAGGACUAUGGCCAUCCGCAAAUAACACAUCCUGAGGCAUUAAGAAAAUUUGUUCAUACAAAAGCAGAAAAAUGCUAUAGUGGAACAAUAGAUUAUCUAUGGAGACAGUUGAAACUUGAUAAGUUGAAGCUAACAGACUCAGUGAGUGAGAAGGAUAGUGAGAAAUCUAUUUAGAAGAAUGCAAAUGAUGUAUUUGUGGAGAUAUAGGAGAGAUUGUCCGCAGUAUUUAAUGUCAGUGGCUUUGCCAUCUAUAUUAAAAUAAACGGCAUGAUCUUGAUUAAGAACUACUUACAUAGCAGAUUAAAUCUUAGGCUGUAAUUAAAUGAGGAGUUUUAACCAGGAGGAGAACAAACUCUUGCAAAUACUUAUCAUGGAGUAAGUCUUGGUUAUGAUGGCAGAUCUCAUGAAAGAAUGGAGAUAUAUAAUGAGGUGGCUCUGCGAGAAAAAGAGUUCAAGUCAGUCAACUUCAUGAAACUAUAAAUGAGUAGGAGUUAGCACAUUCAAGGAUGCUCUCUAUUUUCCCACCACUAGGUCAAUCAAUCGCAUUGCAAUACUCUUUAGAUGGAAAUUUCUAGAUGCUUCCAAUCAAACUUUAUCCAUCAUUUAUCCCACUUGGAGUUAACUUUAAAAGCAAGUUGCAGACUACCACCCAAUCUAAGAGCUAAAUUUUUGAAAGUUAGUUUCGGAUUUCCGGCUAAAGUACAUAAAAUAAAUUUUACUAAUAUGCAACAAGACGCCUAGCAACUUGGAAUAAGAGAUAUAAAAGAUAUAGAGUCAUUAAAUAAAGUUGCAUCUUCGUGGAUUGCUAGUGCGACUUCAUCUGCUAGUGUUUCAUCAGAGAAUGGGACUGCGGAUUGUGAUAUGAAAAAGAGAAAAGUUGUCUGGGAAAUAAAAAAUUUAAAGGGAGGAUAAAGUAAAUAACUAGACAUAUGUCUUUCUUAUGAUAAAGAUGUUUUGAUAGAUGAACUUUAAUUUAAGUAGCUCGGCCCCUUUACAUUAGACUUUGACAUUCCAAACUAUACAGCCUCAGGUAUUAAAAUAUCUAAAAUGGAUGCCAAAUUAAUAGAAUCUCCUUUCGAUACAGCUAAAGAACCUGGGAAAUGGCUAAGACAUAAAACUACUUCAGGCUCUUAUGUUAGUAGAGUGUGA